UUUUUCAGGGAUUGCUUGUUGGUAAAGUUCUACAAGGUUUGGCAUUUGGUUUGUUAAUGCCGCUGCGCUCCAUUUUUAUCGGCGAGUAUACCAGCCCUCGCCACCGCGGCGGAUUCCUCAGUCUCAUCAACUUGACCAAAUCAUUCGGCAUCUUAUUCGUCCACUUCGUCGGCUCUGCCACCAGCUAUAAAACCACAGCAGUCGUCUCAAUGGCCUUUCCUCUCGCCAGUAUGUUCAUGAUGGUUUAUACUCCAGAGUCUCCUAGUUGGCUGGCGAAGCAAGGCAAACAUGCCGAAUGUAAAAAGGCAUUCAUAUGGCUUAGAGGGAUGAAAGAGAUGGCUGAAUUGGAGGGACUGAUACAAGCCAGUAAGAAAUUAGACCAAAAAGUAAUUAUAAAGAAAAACAGGAUACACCAAAUUGGUACAAUCGCGAAGAAAAAAGAGUUAUACAAGCCUAUUAUCUUGGUAUUUGCGAUGUUUUUUAUGAUGAACUUCGCAGGUGGCACGCUUAUGGGAGCGUAUGCGGUUACCGUUUUGAAUUUGUUGAUGGGCCCUGAUGUUAAUGCUCAUAUCUGGAUGGUGGCCCUGGAUGUCGUAAGAUUGUUCUUCAGUGUAAUUUCUAUUUACGUGACAAACAAAACUAAAAGAAGAACACUGACGUUUACUACAGCGGCGAUGUCCGUCGGAAGCACGUUAGGUCUCGCCGCUUACGUGUUUAUCAAAAUCAAAGGCUUACUUCCUUGGGACUCACUGUGGGUACCCGGUGCACUCAUUAGUCUACAGGCUCUCGCUUUAGGUCUGGGCACGGCUCCAUUGCCUACCGUUAUAGCCGGCGAGGUCUUUCCUUUACAGUACAGAGGUCUCGGAGCAAGCGUGAGCAUAAUAUCAGUGUCUGCCUCGAUAUUUCUGGUACUUAAGACUUUUCCAGCUCUAGUAUCGGUUAUGGGUUUACAUGGAGUGUACUUUUUACACUCCGGAACUAUGUUAAUGUGUCUGGUGGUGACGUGGUUCCUUCUACCGGAGACAAGCGAUAGGACGCUCCAGCAAAUCGAGGAGCAUUUUAGAGGAGAACCAAUCGGUUACCCAGAAGCUGACGAGGAAACUAAAUCAUUCGAAGGCUUGGAGGAGGUUAAGUAGCUGUAGGCGUAA